CAACUCUUUCCGAUCAAAACAAUAAAAAAUCGAGAUCCACGCGUUUUUAUUAUUCCUCGUUUUUCGAAUGGAAAAUUCUGCUCGUUAUUUGAAAAAAAGUAUGUGUUAAAUGUUAUUCAUUUUCCAUCAAAGCAUUUAGGGCGGUGCCUGCAUUGGUAAAAUGGAUUUCGCCAAAAACAUUCUUCACAAGUACGGUUGGAGGGAAGGUGAAGGCCUGGGCAAAAAUUCGGAUGGCAUUGCCAAACCAAUAAAGGCCAGCUUCAAGUUUAACAGUGCCGGGCUAGGGGCGGACCAGGCCAAGGAUCUCACCAACAACUGGUGGGAACGAGUUUACAACGAAGCCUCGGAAAACCUGGACGUGGGCCCCGGUGGCCGUAUUACCCAGAAGGAUGCCGAUGGAGUGGAAAUCUCGGACAAAAGCUAUUCGGUUAAAAAGUUGAAACAGAAAACCGCUGACGGUCAGGCUAACUAUGGAAGCUUCCUGAAAGCAUCACGAUUGAUAACGGCCACAGGCCAGGAGCAGGACCUGGAAGGGCACGUUACCACGGAUGAUAUACAGUUUAAGAAAGCGAAGGUGCUGACGGAUGAAGAACUAUUCGCAGCAUGUGGUGGCCGGACCGCCCACAAAGGUGCCCGUCAUGGUCUUAACCUGUCCGGCAAGCUGGCCCGGAUUGAAGAACAGAACGCAAAACUAAUGCAGCAGCUGGAAUCUACUUCUUUCGAGGCCGUUAUCAAAAGUAACGACUGGCAGCAGGUGCAGGGACGCAAGAAAUCGAAGAAGAAAAAACAUAACAAGGAAAAGUGGAACGAACGGCACGGAGAGGAAGAGGAAGACGAGCUAAAGGAUAUGGUCAGCAAUGCAAACUACGUAGUCAAGAAAAGCAAGAAAAAGGCCAAGGCCGACCGGAAGGUGGAAUGUAAGCUGGUGGAUGAGCUCGAUACUGCCAUGGGUAUGUUUGAUAACUUACCAGAAGAAGACGGUGUAGAACCGGAUCCUGGGCCGAGCAUUGAAGAGGAAUUGGAUUUGCUAAGUGAGAAGAUCCGCAGACUGGACCACAGUUCGAUUGUCAUAAAGAAAAAGAAAAAGGAUAAAAAAAUCAAAUCAAAGAAAAUUAAGGACUUGGCUCUAGACAAAGACGAAGGAAUGGACCCAGCGGCCAAAUAUCGCAAAGACUAUCGCGCGGAUCAGAAGCAGAACAAUAAACUCCUUCAAUUGGUAGUCCCGCACGAGGUGCCACCCGAGAAAAAAUAUAAACCGAAAAAAUUGCUCAAAUCCGACAGCGAAGCGUCCGAAAACGAGGACAAGGACGUGGUGGAGCGGAUAAACGAGUUCAGAGAAAAGAUGAAAUCGAAAAUCCCGAAGAUAAAAAUCAGUCAAGCAAUCGAGGAAGAAGACGAACAAUUGUUGGCGGAAAAGUUCAAGGAAAAGCAUAAGAAUCAAGCUAAACGAAUUGGCAAGCACCGAAAAAGAUCGAAGAAGAAGAAACAAGAACGGCACAUUGCCAAACUGGCCGACAAGUUGGGCGAUCGGUUGUGAUAGGUGAGAGGAGUGUCGAGCUGCGUUGCUUUGUACAUGAAUUCAAUGAAAAGCAAUUUUCUACAAGCCUUAGGUCGCAUCUCUAUCGUCGGAAGAACUAACGGUACGUAGAGUGAAUUUGUUUUUUUCGCAAUUUAUAUUCAUUUUAAAUAAUAGUUUUAAUUUUGGUAAAUUUUUACUGUACCAAAUACAUUAUGAGAAUUAUUCAA